UGAUCAAGUUACUCUCGAAGUUACCCAGAUAAACCAGAAACCCCUCUUCGUAGUACAGGCCCCUGGUUGAAUGGAUAGCGAUCUACUUGGUUGACAAACCAUAACCCUACAUACAUCAACAGUCAGCUAUGGAUGCAUGGUACAUGGACGAUUCUGAUGAAGACCAACGAUUACCACAUAAACUAGUCCCAAACCAACCGGUAUCCCUUGAGGAACUGCAGAAAAUUGGAGUUUUCUAUUGGAGGUUAAAUGCAGACGUCUAUGAAAAUGACCCAGAACUAGAGAAGAUCCGUAAAGAGAGGGGUUAUUCAUAUAUGGACAUCAUCACUGUACAUAAGGACAAACUCCCCAACUAUGAAGAAAAGUUGAAAAUGUUUUAUGAAGAGCACCUGCACCUGGAUGAGGAAAUCCGAUACAUCUUGGAUGGGAGAGGCUACUUUGAUGUCAGGGAUAAAGAUGACCGAUGGAUCAGGAUUGCCAUGUCCAAAGGGGACAUGAUCACUCUGCCAGCAGGCAUUUACCACAGGUUCACAAUGGACGAAACAAACUAUGCGAAAGCCAUGAGGUUGUUUGUGGGAGAGCCUGUGUGGAAGGCUUAUAACCGGCCUGCUGAUGACUUUGAAAUCCGCAAGACAUAUCUGAGCUCAUUAAAAUGUGCUUAAGUGUCAUGUGGUCUGCCCGACACUUGAGGAACCACUAUGGAUUGACUCACUAACAUUUACAGCACAAGAUCUACUAACCCUAAUGCCUUGUUAGAGUGCUCGGUGGGGACAUCUCAGUAACAGAAAUUAUGAUUACUCUAGUGUAGUAAUAUUUGUUUACACCCUUUAUGCUUUGUAAAGAUGAAUAGUUGACACAUUUAUGUCUAUAAUGGCAAGGCUAACAUAAAGAUACUAGGUCUAUUGAUUGUGUGCAAAUGUAGAAUGAUACUCAGGUACAGUGAAAUAAAGUUUUAAUAUCA